AUGGCAUCGCGAAGCAGAAUCCGCAAUGCAUUGGCCGAUAAUCCGGACUUCAUGCGAAUUCUGCGAGCCACUGCUUCUGCGAUCUCUUGCGCGGGAGUUGCCACGCUACAAGCCCGGCAGCUCCUCAUUACACAGACCGCGAGCCCACUUGGGGAAGCUGCCGUGGUCCAGGCCACCAGUGGCCUGGCAACCGCAUAUUCCCUUGGCAGCGUAGCAGAGUUUUUCUUAAGCCCAGUGUUUGGCAAGAUGUCUGAUCGCUUUGGCAGAAAGCCGAUCCUGCUUUUUUUCAUGAUCGGGCCAGCAAUCAUGCGCACACUGUGUGCGCUUGUCGAGCAACCUGUGGCCAGAAUACGAUUGCUGUGGCUGGACUUUGCAUCGGCACGAGCUAUCGGAAUCCAGCCGUUUAUCGGCAUGUGUCAAACUAUGAUCACCGAUGUCUACCCGGUCGAUAAGCAGCCAAGAGCUCGAGCUCAACUGGGUGCAUCUCAGGCCUUCGGCAACAUCCUGGGAAACUACCUGUCUGGUUGGUGGAAUGCAAGAGCAGGUCCUCGUUCCACGUAUCUUUGCACAGCAGUUGCACCAUUACUUUCUCUGGCCUUUGCUUCGGCAUGCCUGCCGGAAACGAACCGAGAUGUCAAGGAUUGCAAAGCUUCAGGGGAGCCAGGAUCUGUGCCUACAUCCCCGAAAACUCCGACUGCCAGAGGUGGGAAGAAGAGUGCUUACACCACCUUGCUGUUAGACCCGGAAUGCUGCCUAUUGGCGGGCGUGCUGGGCAUGUAUGAGUUCCUGAACUAUGCACCGCUGAACUCGGUGGCGAUCCUUUUCAUGAAGGAGCGUCUGAAUUGGGGCCCGCUGGAAGCAGGGCGCUUUGCUUCUGGACACGCUUUGGCGGGGUUCUGUGGGUCCAUGUUGGCAGGCGAACUGAUUCAGUUCUUUGGCAAAAGGCUGUAUGUCAGCGUCACAAACCUGUUGACCGGUGUGGCCUACGCGACAUGGGCCGUAUCCAAGACUGGCCCUAGCCUGAUCGCAUGCCUGCUGCCCUUGAGCUUUGGGACAGGUGGAAACACCGUGCUGCUGACACGCUUCGUUGAGCGAGCCGUGCAGCUGGGGCUAUCACGUGGGGAGGCUAUGGGAGUCAUGUCCGCCAUCGGAGCCGUGGGACGGAUGAUCGCACCGCAGCUCUUCACCCGCCUAUGGCUGCGAGCCGCUGCGCAGAAGGGCCAACCACGAGCUUUGCCAUUGGGAGCCCCAAUGUUCGCAGUGGCCCUGAUCACAGUCAUCCAGGAGCUACUCUAUCGAAGUUCUCUGCUUUUCCGCGACCGUCAUGAUCGCUCGAGAAGCGAAGAUCGAUAA